CUACUUUAAAAUUGAUGGAUACCAAUAACUGGAGACCUACUCAAGGCACUGAACCGCCGAUGGAUACAAGUGAUUGGAGGGCUCAACUACAACCUGAUUCACGCCAGAGAAUUGUCAACAAAAUAAUGGAAACAUUGAAAAGGCAUCUUCCUAUUUCUGGUGAAGAGGGAUUACAUGAGCUUCGAAAGAUUGCUCAAAGGUUUGAAGAGAAGAUUUAUACUGCUGCGACAAGCCAGCCCGAUUAUCUGCGGAAAAUAUCUUUGAAGAUGCUUACAAUGGAGAAUAAAUCCCAGAAUAACAUGAACAACCCCGUGCCAUCAAACCAAGGUGGCCCUAGCAAUCAACCUCCCGAUGCAGGAUUCAUGCAGCCUCAAGUUCAAAAUCCAGGGCAGUCACAUCCAAUGCCUAUGCCUCAUCAACCUCAAUCACGGCAACAGAUUCUACCUCAAAAUAACAUCGUACCUCAAUCUAAUCUGUCAUCUGCAGCCACUAUAGGCCAGACUUCUAUGCAGAGCCUUGGCCAGAAUUCCAAUAUGCAGAACAUGCCUGGACAGAAUUUAGUGGGAACCACUGUUAGCCAGAAUUCUAACUUGCAGAAUAUGUUUACUAGUUCCCAGACACAAAUGCCAGGAAGGCAGCAGGUUGUUGGCCAACAGCAACCACAGAAUCCGCAGCAGUAUCUUUACCAGCAGCAGCAGCUUUUGAAGCAUAAGCUCCCACACGCACACUCACUCAUGCAAAUGCAGCAGCCGCAGCAGCAGCAGCAGCAGCUGCAGCCACAACAGCAGCAACCUCAGCCACAGCAGAAUCUUCUGCAACCGAAUCAGUUGCAGUCUAAUCAGCAAUCCGUUAUGCAAACGUCAUCUGUCAUGCAGCCUUCCAUGAUGCAAACUCCUUUACCUGGCCUUCAGCAGAAUCAACAAUCUAAUAAUGUUCAAUCGUCAACACAAUCCAUGCUUCAGCAGCAUCCCCAGUCUGUUAUGAGGCAGCAACAGAAUUCUGUUGUUCACCAGCAACAAGCACCAAUAAGCCAACAGCCAAUAUUGCCUUCGCAGCAGCAGCAGCAGCUUAUGGGGCAACAGUCAAAUGCAACAAACCUGCAACACAGUCUGCUACUUGGGCAACAAGGUGGUGUUGGUGAUAUGCAGCAACAACAGAGGUUGAUUGGACAGCAAAAUAAUAUUACAAAUCUGCAGCAGCACCAGCAACCACAACAGUUAAUUAAUUAUCAAAACAGUCUCUCAAAUAUGCAUCAACAGUUGGCAAGUAAUUUCCCCGGGCUGCAGCAGCAGCAGUUGCUUGGACCUCACUCGGGCAACUCUGGCUUACAAACUACUCAGCACUCUGCACACAUGUUGCAACAGCCAAAGGUUCCAAUGCAGCAACAGUCACAACAAAAUACAUCAAAGUUGUUACCAUCUCAAGUGCAGCAACAACAGCCACAGGCUUCACAGCAGCAAAUGAUGUCCCAGAUUCAAUCUCAUCCUGCGCAGAUGCAACAGCAAUUGGGUUUGCAGCAGCAGCCAAAUUCCUUGCCGCGAGAUAUGCAGCAAAGGCUUCAAUCAUCUGGCCCCUUAGUUCAACAGCAAAAUGUACUUGAUCAACAAAAACAGUUGUUUCAAUCACAAAGAGCCCUUCCAGAAACAUCAUCAACUUCCCUGGAUUCAACAGCACAGACUGGACAAUCAAGCGGGGGUGAUUGGCGAGAAGAAGUGUACCAAAGGAUCAAAAUCAUGAAAGAAACAUACUUGCCAGAAUUGAAUGAAAUGUACCAGAAAAUUGCUGUUAAGCUUCAGCAGCAUGAGUCCCUUCUACAACAACCAAAGACAGAGCAACUUAACAGGCUGAAGUUGUUUAAAACAAUGGUGGAGCGUAUUAUAGCAUUUCUACAAGUCCCCAAGAGCAACAUUGUACCUGGUAUGAAGGAAAAAUUGGGUCUCUAUGAGAAGCAGAUUAGUAACUUUAUAAGUUCUAAUAGGCCCCGGAAACCUCUACAGCCGGGACAACUUCCCCCUCCUUCUAUGCACUCUGUGUCACAGCCACAAUCCCAACUUGCUCUGGUGCAAUCUCAUGAAAAUCAAAUGAACUCCCAGUUGCAACCAACAAAUAUUCAAGGUUCUGUAACAGCAAUACCUCAGAAUAACAUGUCAAGUUUGCAGCACAAUUCAAUGUCUGGUGUGUCAACAGCACAGCAGAGUAUGAUGAAUCCAAUGCAACCUGGUGCCAGUUUAGAUUCAGGGCAAGGAAGUCAUUUAGACUCCCUGCAGCAGGUUCCAGCAAGCUCCCUUCAACAAAACACUGUCAGUGCACCCCAACAGAGUAACAUAUCGUCACAAGCUGGAGUAAAUGUGACCCAAUCAAACCUAAAUUCCCUUCAGUCAAGUUCCAGUAUGCUUCACCAUCCACAACUGAAACAGAAACAGGCUAAUCAUGCCCUAUCGGAAGAGAUAAGGGAGAUUAAUCAACGACUUAUAGAUACAGUUGUAGAUAUCAGUGAUGAGGAUGUUGAUCCAACUGCUGCUGCUGUUUCUGGAGGGGCUGAGGGAACCGUUGUCAAGUGUCCUAACAGUGCUGUAGCUCUCAGUCCAAGCUUGAAAUCACAAUAUGCUUCAGUGCAGAUGUCACCAAUUCAACCCCUGUGGUUGCUAGUUCCUGCAAAUUAUCCCAAUGGUUCCCCCAAACUCUUGGACAAGUUUCUAGUUGAAUCCUGCAAGGAGAGAGAAGAUUUGUCGGCGAAAGUGAAGUCAAGGUUUGGCAUAUCCCUGCGAAGCUUAUUGCAUGCUUUUAGUUUAUGUUUCCUGACUUUAUGUUGUUUCCUUUAUCUUGUGUUUUGGGCUACUUGAAUGGGGGAUUCCUUCUCAUUAACCAGGGUUAUUUCGGUUAUUUUGUAUUGAAACAUAUAUCCUCUUUAGUGAUGUUUCAGAUUUUCUUGGUCCUGAUUUUCAAAUAAGCUACUAUGUUCCUGCGCUGAAUUUAUAUUUCUCCCUC